CAGUUCUGUCCAGCAACGGUGGCACUUCCUAAAGUCCCUAAAUGCCUCAUUUAAUCCUUCAAAAUUCAGAAGGAAGAAAAGUAUUACAACUUAUUCUCCAACAACUGGAACUUGUCAAAUGAGCCCAUUUUCUUCUCCCACAACCCCCAAAGAACAAGAGUGCGGAAAUGGACCAUCAAAUGGAAAGACAAAGCAGAAUAACCUCAGCUCACAUACGAGAGAGGAAUCCACAGCAAAAGACAGCGAUGAAUUCAUGGUGUUUCUAUCUAAAAUUGAGAGAUCAGCAGAAAACACCAUGCAGAUAAUGAAGAAUUUAAGUAGUAUACAGGCUUUGAAGAACAACAGAAAACUUGAAGAUCUCAUUGGUGUUUCCCUGGUCCCAUGUUCCUUAAAGAAUGAAGUAGAGAAAACUAGAACACUAAUGACAAAAGCAACCGAACAAAAGCUGUUUGAUGAGAAGAAUUCAAGAAUUCCCCCCAAAGAACAUCAUCUUGACAGCUUCGAAUUCCUUAAAGCCAUUUUGAACUGAGCUGGACAUGCAAGGACAAGCCGCUCUCAUGAGCUAGGAAGCUCGAAGGCCCGUGAACUUGAGACAGACCGCUGCAGUGAGACUGCAUGUGGGAAAGAAUGGCGUGUGAAAUUAAUGACCUUGAUACCAGUAAAAUGUAGGCCAGUGAGUGUCCUGGGCCUGCCUUUCAUGAGGUGUGGCACAAGGAAUAGUUGGUGAUAAACACUGCUUCUGCUGUGGGUGCCAGUGGAGAAAAAGCAGUGUUAGAAAAGUCACAACAGGCUCUUCCUGUCCCUUCCCAGCUUGCACCCAGAAUCCUCCCCCACUCCCCCUGCCUCAUCCUCCCGUCU